AUGCGAGGUGCGGACAAGACUGGGGGUAUGCCGAGACAACACAAUCCAAACCCCACGCGUCCGGAGCAGGAAAGAGGCUGUCCCUUGUCGGUGCGUGACGGGCAGCCCGCUCAUAAACAUUGUACGGACACGCUGUCCUGCAUCCCUCCUCCUCACCCCAACUUCCCACCCUCAAGCCAACGCCGCCUCAUCCGACCCCUCCCCCUCCCCCCCCAGCACCCCCCCCUCCCCCUGGCCUCACCCCGCGCCUCCCCCGCCCUCACUCCCCGAUGCCUUCCCCCUUUCUCCGUCCGUUGA